AUGAGCUUGCUGGGAAAUUGUUACCUCUGCAAAGGCCCCCUGCUCCUGCGGCAGUCAAGGGCAGGUAUAAAAGGCAGCACAAAUCUCUGCUCUCUCAUCCACUUCUCUUGCUUCCUUCUGCUUGGGAACAAGGUGCACCUGCAGCCUCAAGCCAUGUCCUGCAACACCCAGUGCCGUCCCUGCCAGCCCUGUGGCCCCACUCCACUGGCCAACAGCUGCAACGAGCCUUGUGUCAGGCAGUGCCAAAACUCCACUGUUGUUAUUGAGCCACCUGCUGUGGUGGUGACCCUUCCUGGGCCCAUCCUGAGCUCCUUCCCCCAGAACACCGUGGUGGGAUCCUCCACCUCUGCUGCUGUUGGCAACAUCCUUAGCUCUGACGGAGUGCCCAUCAACUCUGGGGGCUUUGACAUCUCCUCCAUCACCAGGCGCUACGGUGGCAACAGGUGUCGUCCCUGCUAA